GUGGUAUAUAAAGCGAUGCACGAGAGGCCUCCAUCAAUCACCUGCCGAGCCCUCCGGGACGCCACUACCUCCGCCGUUAUGAAGCUCAUUGUAUUCGCCGCAGUUGUAUCAGUCUGCUUGGCUGACAAGCUGCCUAAUCACUUCGGCUAUGCCUCUCUUCAAUCUUCUUCAGCUUUCAGCCACAGGUCGCGACCUGCAUCUCGUCCUUCCUUUUCCGCCCCAAGACCUGCUCCCCAGCCAACCUACUCCGCCCCCAGAUCUGCUUCCGGACCACUAGUGCCCAUCCUUGUGGACGACCGCGUCCACCCCGACGCCGCCGGCGCUUACAGCUUCAAUGUUGAGACCGGUGACGGCAUCUCACGCCAGGAAAGUGGAUCGCCUAUUCCCGCCAAGGAGGGUCCUGUCACGGCCAUGUCCGGAUCCUACUCCUUCACUCUCCCUGACGGACAACGGUUUGAGCUUCGCUAUGUGGCUGACGAGAACGGCUUCCAGCCUGAUUCAGCCUUCCUGCCCGUGGCCCCAGCCUUCCCCACCCCAUCCCCGCCCACGCCCUUGAGCAGAUUGAGCGCGCCCGUCAGGAGGAUGCUGGUCGCCUACGUCAAGGAUCUUCCCAGGGAUACAGUGCGCCUUCCGGUCCCUCUCGCCCCUCUAAUUCCUAUGGCUUCCCUCAGUAAAGAAUAGUAGCAUGUUCUUAUAUUAAGCUAUCUAGGCAUUGUUAUAGGUUGAUUUUUAUGUAUUGCAAAGCAAUUUUAAUAAAUUUUCAGAGAUAA